CUCUGAAGUGGUGAAUAAGUCUCCCAGGGACAGGGAAAUAACCCCAAGUCCUGCCCCCCCCCACCCCAGGAGACAGAAAUGAGCCUGGACUCCCUGUUCCAGCAAAUUCUCCUCACAGAGCAGCAAGCGGAGGAGAAGCGGCGCCUCAUGCACCAAGUUAAAUUAGACAUAAACAGAAGUCAUGAAAAAAUUAAGCAAAUAACAGAAGAGCUGAAUGAAGCAAAAAUAAAAUUAGAAACUAAGGUUCAACAGCUGUCUGAAAAGCUCUUCUACUUACAGCUUUUGAAGAACCGUGAAGACAUCUUAGAGAAAAAGAAAGUUGAACUUAUGAAUCAAAGGAGUAUUUUUCUCAAAAUCUUUUCAGAUACAAAGAGCAAAAUGAUUGAAGAAGAGGAGAAUUUUAUUAAGGAAAUCACAGAUUUUAACAAUGAGUAUGGACUAACAUGUAACAGAGAGCUUUUGAUUAGAAAAAAAGCCAAGACUGAAAUAUGUGACUUGGAAACUAAGGCAAAUAUUUUGAAAAAUGAAAUGGAGUCAAUGGAACGUGAAAAUGCUCAGUUAAAUGCACUCCAGCUGCAGAAGAAUGAAUUAAAGCAGGAUUUAUUUACUCUCCAGAGCAAACUCAAAGAUACUGAAGAACAACUACGUGAAGCUGAAGACAUUACAAAAUGUUUAGAAGCAGAAAAAGUCAAAGUUAGUGAAAAGCCUCAGACUGACAUUGAAUGUUUAAGGAUUAAAAAAGAACUGGACAUUUACAAAGAAGAUGACUUGGAAAAUGUUUGUGAAGCUCUUCAAACAGAAAUUGAAUUUCUGCAGAUGAAAUUAUCACAAAAGUCUUCAGGCAAAUAAAUACCAUAAUAUACAGAAGACUGAUUGAAAUGUCACAGAAACAGGUCUUUGCAGUACUUUAACUACACACAUUUUAGUAAGCCUUUGUUGUUAAGCUCUCA